AAACAAUAUACUAUUAGGCAGUACUCCUCCAGGUUUGCUUAUUUUUCUAGUUUAUUUAGUUCUACGUCAGUGUCAAAGCUACAAGAGUUUGACAAUCGUCUUUCAAAACAAAACUAGCGGGCCUUUGUUUAUCCCGUCAGUUCCCAAAUGUCAGUUCGAUUCAACAGUCAGGUGACGUACGAGAAAACUCGCGAUUUUUCGAAUUUAUGCCCAACAAAUUAGAUCCGGACGCUCCCAUAUUCACUCCACCUCCAAAGAAUGCGAUGAGGAGCCCGUCGCUAAGCUCAUCCGCGAACUCCUCACCAAACACGCCCAAAGAACCUCAAUGCUCCAGGUACUCGAGACGCUCGGUGCGUCAGCCACUGUCUCCGAACAGUCCUAGACCGAUCCUUGGGACAAAACUACCCUUUCCCAGGCCUAUAUUAGGUCGAAAAGAAGAUAAUGCAAGGGAUGAAGCGGAUGAAUACAUAGGAAAAGAGUUUAGAAACAUGAACAGGAGUUUCCAGAGAAUGAAACUCAAAGAGGAGAGUAUGAUAGAAUCGGAAGGAGAGUAGAGUUGAGCUGAGAAGUUGUUCAGAAUGAUGUCUUGUAUUGUUUUAUAUUUUUGUCUAUAAUGAUAAGAUGAUUCCGUGAUUUUUGGCAAAUAUAGAAACAGUUUUUUUAAAUCGUAAUAUAGAAAAU